AUUAACCCAAUUAUCUUCAUUACUAUUCUACUAACACUUAUUUUAGGAACAGUAAUCACUAUAAUCAGCUCCAACUGACUAAUGGCCUGAAUAGGACUAGAAAUCAACAUAUUCGCCAUUAUCCCUUUAAUUAUUAAACAACACAACCCACGCUCAAUUGAAGCCGCAACAAAAUAUUUCCUAACCCAAGCAACAGCCUCUAUAAUCUUACUACUAGCAGCCCUAAUAAACUUCAUAUAUUCAGGCCAAUGAACCAUUAUAAACUUUACAAACUCCAUACCCCCUUUCCUAGCACUAAUAGCAUUAACCAUAAAACUAGGAAUAGCCCCAUUCCACUUCUGAGUCCCAGAAGUAACACAAGGCUCCCACCUUACCUCAGCAGCAAUUUUAUUAACCUGACAAAAACUAGCUCCACUAUCCAUUCUUUACCAAAUUUUCCCAUCAAUUAACCACAACCUACUCUUAUAUUCAGGAAUCUUAUCCAUUAUUUUAGGUGGCUGAGGGGGACUUAAUCAAACCCAAUUACGAAAAAUCCUAGCCUACUCUUCAAUCGCCCAUAUAGGCUGAAUGGCAAUCAUCAUCUCAUACGAACCUUCCCUAAUAUUACUCAACCUAAUUAUCUAUAUCCUUAUAACUCUAUCUUCAUUUAUACUCCUAAUUGGAAACUCUAACACUUCCACCGCUUCCCUAGCUAUUAUAUCAAACAAAACACCACUAACAAUAAUUAUACUAAUAGGAGUAUUACUAUCACUAGGAGGCUUGCCUCCACUAUCAGGAUUCAUACCAAAAUGACUUAUCAUUCAAGAAAUAACAAAAAACAACAGCAUUAUUCUACCACUUAUCAUAGCAAUACUAGCAUUACUCAACCUUUACUUCUAUAUACGACUAAUCUAUUCAUCAGCCCUAACAAUAUUUCCCUCCAACAACAACAUAAAAAUAAAAUGAAAAUACACUAACUUAUCAUACUCAACUUUAUUACCAACUAUAUUUACCCUAUCCAUACUUUCAUUGCCACUGACCCCUAUAAUAAAUCUACUACUUUAG